GCUGCUGCAGCCUGGUGGACCUGGUAGACAUCAUGCAGAACCAACCCGAGGAGGAGCUGGGGAUUGAAGAGGCAGAGGAGUCCUCCGUCUUUCUUACUUCAGCCCUUGUGAAUGUCAUGAGAGCGUCAUCAUACUCGUCGGUGGAGGCGAAAACAAAGUUGACUGGCAGAACCAAGACGGACAAGCUUCAACAGACCAAAACGGCCACAGGCAGGGUAUUUGAAGCCCUGGACGCCAUGAACGACGUGGUACUCAGGCGGAAGAGGCCGAACGAGAAGCCGACCCUCCUCCAACAGGACAACUUCGAGCUGUCCCUCCGGAAGCAGACGUGCGACCAGAUGAGCCCGCAGAUCGUCACCACGACUGAAGCAAACGGUGGCUGGUUUCGGACGCCAGAUGCAUCCGUCCUGUUCGGGGAGAACACAUGUAAAGAGCCGAUUGAUUCUGAGACUUACCAAACGUCAUUGAACCCGUAUGAGUACGCUGGUGACUCUGACAGGGUCCAGUCGUCAGUGGGCGCCCUCAAGUUCAAGAACGAAGCCGGCGUGCUGGCGGUAUCCGACCUGGAAACGCCGGUGGAAGUGGUUGUGAAGAGAAAAGGCGCAGUACAAGUACAGACUGAACAGGGCAGGACAGGACGGACAGGGACUGGCUUUGUGUCUAUGCACAGCUUCAAUGUAACUGAAGAGGAAAAUUCCAUCCACGUGAUGGUCACACCUGACCUAAACUGGGUGCCUAUACGCCUGUAUCUUUGGCGCCAAGAUCAGCCAAUCAAAGGGCAGCACGGUUGGAACGUCACUCUGCCGCUGCCGCCUGACCAGCUGUACUCGGUCCGAUGGUUGGACGGGGAGGACAUCACUGUCGAUCCUUACAGCUGGUACUGGACUCCGGAGGACCUGGCAUCAGGAGAUGGAGAGACACAUUUCUUGGGGGUGGAACACGUUCCGUUUAACAAAAGCGGUUUCGACCUGUCCGAUCUGGAGACACUGGAGAACAGAACAUUGACGGUUGAGUUGAGCUACAGUGACGAGAACUUCACCCUCCCGUACACAGUGACGAUUCUGUCCACAAGAUGCCUGUUCUUUGAUGACCAAAUGCACAGGUGGAAGUCAGACGGAUGUCGGAUUGGCCCUCUGACGAACACCGACAUCACGCACUGUUUCUGCGACCACUUGACAGCCUUCGGGUCGGAUUUCCAGUUCUUUGUGGCUCCAAACUCUCUGAACAUCCUCCAGGCGCUCCAAGGUUUCAACAACAUCAGCGAAAACCCCGCCGUGGUGGUCACCAUCAGCGUGAUCGUUGGGAUCUAUAUUCUCAUGGUUCUCUGGGCGAGGUGGAAGGACAAGAAGGAUGUAGAAAAGGUCGGAGCGACAGUCCUUGGCACCUCGCCAGGCGGGGGCUGCAGUGUGUACCAGGUUGUCGUAUUCACCGGUGCGAGAGCAAACGCAGGAACAACCGCUAAGGUGUCAGUAAUAUUCUACGGUGAUAAGGGUGAGUCCGGUCCGCAUGAACUGGAUGACGUCAGAAGGAUGACGUUUUGCACGGGAGGAGUGGACUCAUUCGUCGUGACAUGCGCAGGCACCAUGGGUCCGCUGAACUACAUCCAUGUCUGGCACGACAACUCUGGCGACGACCCUUCAUGGUUCCUAAACAAAAUCAUCGUCACGGACGUCUACACAGAGCGCAAGUACUACUUCUUAUGUAACAAGUGGUUUGCUGUUGAAGAAGGGGACGGAAAGGUUGAGCGCGUAUUUCCAGUCGCGUCAGACAGGGAGCUGAAACGGUUCAAAACCAUCUUCUCGUCCAAGACUGGGACGGGAUUUCGUGACGAUCAUCUCUGGUUUUCUGUGCUCGGCAGACCCGCAUACAGCACUUUCAGCCGUGUACAGCGCAUAUCCUGCUGCCUGUCCUUGUUGCUGUGCACCAUGCUGGCCAACAUCAUGUUCUUCGGCACCGGGGACUCUUUCCAGAAGCCGCCUACUGUGGACAUCUUCGGCUUCGAUGUGCAGCUCCCCAUCUCAUGGGCUGAGAUCAUGAUAGCCAUCGAAAGCGCGCUGCUGGUGUUUCCUGUUAACCUGGCCAUCGUGCAGAUAUUCCGCCACUGCGGCCCCAGACCAGUCCAGCCCAGGAAAACUGACCGGGGCAAGGGAAGGGAAAGGAGCAGACAAUCGGAAAGCUCAUACGGGCAGUCGAGCAGUGUGCCCUCAUCCCCCGUCACCGUGAUUACGGACAUUACCGACGACGACCGAGAGCUUGUGCGAGAAAUACUAUCCUCCUACAAGACACCAUCCCAAAGGAUGAGCCUCAAAAGCGCCAAAGCGAAGAGUCGGUCGUCCAAAUCCAGCAAAACCUCGCGGGAGGAAAACGCGUCGAACUUGAAGCGCCCCCUAUCGGAGGAUGGAUCUUACGACGUUAAACAAGCAGGCUCAGCUAAGAACAGAAGGAAGGGGAAGAAGACGUUCCUGCUCCCGUGGUGGUGUGUAUACAUAGGGUGGUUCUUGGUGUUCUCCUCGUGCUUCGUGUCUGCUUUCUUCACCAUCCUGUACGGGUUCGAGUACGGCCGACAGAAGGCGGAGGCCUGGCUCUUCACCUUCCUCACGUCCUUCUUCUUCGACUUGGUCAUCACGCAGCCAAUCAAAAUCCUGCUGCUGGGGAUGUUCUUCGCUCUCAUCAUCAAGAAAAUAGACACGUCCGGAGAAGACGUGGCACCGAUGCCCAUACAGGAAGACGAGGAGUAUCUGGCGCAGGUUAAAGACAUGAUGCAGAAUUGUCUCUUUAAAUUCCAGGACAUGGACAGAGGUACGAGAAGCAUGACGCCAAGAGCCACGGGCCCGCCUGAUGACCAGGAACUGCUGAAGGCUCGUCAACAGCGCUUCCUGGAGCUGAGUCUGCGUUCAGCCCUCAUGGAGCUCUCCUUCUUCAUCACUUACGUCUUCAUCCUGAUUCUGGUUGCCAAUGGAAACAGGGACUUCUACAUGUACCACAUGACCAACGAUGUUAAAAAUGUGUUGGCGGAUCCUUUCAGUAAGAUAACAGAGCGUCAGGAUUUCUGGAACUUUAUGAAGGACAAAGUCGUUCCCGAGUUAUAUACGUCAGAGUGGUACAACGGGGAAGCUAUAGAUUCUAGCAAGCUGGGCUUUCUGUCGGACUACAGCUCUUACAUCGUUGGACCUGUCCAACUCAGGCAGUUACGCGUCCAACAAAGUGGCACCUGUGAGAUUCCAGGUGCCAUGGCUAACACGACAGCCACGUGUAACGGUGACUACAGCUGGUGGAACAAUGAGGCCGGACACUACACGCCGGGAUGGAGGGAGUGGGCUAUCGUCUCGAACGACAGUGUGGACGUCGCCAAUGUGUCUUCUGAGCUUAGACCGUGGUUGUACCAGUCAACGGAUCUCACAACUGCAACACCCCAUUAUGGUUUACACGGGAUGUAUUAUGGCGGAGGUUACAUGCUGGAACUACAAUCGAACGAUUCUGAUGUGGACCUGCAAAUCAUCGAGGAUCUGGAGAUGGAACAAUGGAUAGACUCCUAUACGCGAGCCAUUUUCAUUGAACUCAUCGUCUUCAACCCCAACGCCAACCUGUUCUCUGUUGUCAGCCUUCUUGCAGAGUUCCCUGGUCUGGGGAAGGUCUAUACAACCCACGAGGUGACCACAGUUCGGCUUUACCUGUACCAGACCACGUGGAGCUUCGUUGUUCUCGCCUUUCAGAUCAUCUUCGUUCUGGUCACUUUUGUCUUUGUAUACAGAGAAGUGAACAGAAUCAUGCUGAUGGGGACGGAUUACUUCCGUCUGUUUUGGAAUCUGGUGGAGCUUUGCGUUUGCCUGCUGUCCUUGGCGCAGAUUGGUCUUCAGCUGUACACCCUGUACAUCAUUCUAGACUUCAACAAGGCCGGAACUACCAGUGACAGGUCUUACAGUAAAUACAAACAGGCGGCUAGCUGGGACCAGCUGAACACCUACGUGCAGGCCUGGCUGGUCUGCGCGGCUACGCUGAAACUGAUGCACCUGUGCCGCUUCAACAAACACGUGGAACGGAGCGCGCACACUCUCACCAGGUCCGCCAAACCCAUGCUCAACUACAUGAUCAUCUUCGUCAUCUACGUGUCAGCAUUUUGCAUGCUGACGUACCUCGUACUUGGUGCAUCGCUGGAAGGAUACGCUCCAUACAUAACCAACGUAGAAACAAUGCUUGGCGUGAUGCUUGGAGGCUUCGACUACAACGCGCUGUCGGACGCUCACGGUUUCCUCGGACCCGUCAUUUUCUUCGGAUAUCUGACGUUCGUCAACUUCCUCCUCCUGAUGAUGUUCUGUGCGAUUCUGGACGUCGCGUAUCACGAGGUCAUAGAGGGAGAGAGCGAAGAGGAAAUAUCGAAGAACCAGAAGAUCACGGAACUAGCGAUGGAACGAGCAGGAGUCGCUUACCAAACAGCGGCAAACGCGAUACAGAAAUUACUAGACAGGGAGACACAUGUCAAGCAUAUCCGCGGGAGUACACCGACAUACACUAAGGAUGAACUAAUGGAAGAUCUCCUGCAAGCAAGAAGGAAAGCGCUCUCGUUCAUAAGAAGUAUGGAGUCCGAAGAGAAAGAAACACAUGGGUACUACGACAACCUUGCCUACACUUCAAACCAUGGAUAUUCGAAGUCCACUAAGGAGUCACUCAGAUUCAGUUCACUUGGAAAGCGAGAGGAACCCAGGGUAUGGGUUCGGGAACUCAGGUGA